UUAAGGCGUUCUAACGUUUGGAUUGCAUGUUCAAGAAUUUUAUCAUUGUUGGAUACUGUUUCAGGGUACAUGCGAUCAAAAGUUACAAUUUGCAUCCAAAGUAAUUCGUAAAAUUUUUAAUACGAACACAAAAGAUGUCUCAACGAGAUAGAAGAGACUAUGAUCCUUCUGAACCAUCAACUAGUAGUGGAUAUCGCAGAACAGGAACACAUGAUCCAUCCUUUAGUAGGACACCCUAUUCAAGACCUCAAGAAUCAAGAAGACAUCCAGGAAGAGGAAUAGUAAGGAAUGUUAGAGAAGGUCGUGAAUAUAGUGCUGGUCCAAGUUCAUUAUCUAUACAACCAGAGCAACAUGUUACUAGACGGAGUGAAGUUGAAUCUACUGAUGGAAGCGGAGAUACUAAAUUAAUGAAAAGUCAACGUCGGCCUCCAGAAACUAUUUUUGUCACCAGACCAGAUAAUUUAGUAACUAAGAAAGGAACAUCAGGGAGACGAAUAAUAUUGUCAUCAAAUUACUUUAAAUUGCAUACUGAAGAAUUUGCAUCUACCUGGUGCCUCUAUAAAUAUCGUGUAGAUUUUGAACCAGAGGAAGAUCGCACUGUGGUUCGCAAAGGUAUGCUUAAACUUCACAAAGAAAGAAUUGGAUCAUAUAUUUUUGAUGGAACUGUUCUAUAUACUACUGCUCGUUUACCAGACAUACUGGAGUUGUUAUCAAUUCGAAAAUCAGAUGAGGUUCAUAUCAAAAUUACAAUACGUUUUGUUGGAGAUAUGUCACGAGACGAUCCGCAUCAUAUUCAAGUUUUUAAUAUAAUAAUGAGGAAAUGUCUGGAACAUUUAAGGCUGCAAAUGGUAGGUCGUAACUAUUACGACGCAAAUAAUAAGAUUGGCAUACAUGACUAUAAACUGGAAUUGUGGCCCGGUUAUGUUACAUCUAUUCGACAACACGAAUACAAUAUUCUAAUGAAUUGCGAAGUGACACAUAAAGUAUUGCGGCAGCAAACACUGUUGGACGUCUUAUUAGAUUGUUACAAAUACAAUAGUUAUGACUUUAGAAGUGAAUUCUGCAGAAAUGUUAUUGGAAUUACGGUACUUACGGACUAUAAUAAGUACACAUACCGUAUUGAAGACGUCGAUUUUGAUGCUAGCCCUUCCUCGACAUUUUCCAUGAAAACGGGGGAAGUUAUAUCGUAUCGUGAUUAUUACUGGCAGAAAUAUACAAUUAGAAUAACGGAUAUGACGCAACCAAUGUUGGUGACAAGAACAAAACCUAGGGUACGAAAUGCAGGCCAAGGGGAUCUUGUUUAUCUAGUCCCCGAAUUAUGUCGUGCUACAGGUUUAACCGAUAAUAUGAGAGAAAAUUUCCAUCUAAUGAAAGCAUUAUCUGUGUAUACCCAUGUCAAUCCUGAAACUCGGAUCGCAAAAUUGAGAACUUUUAACGAUAGACUUCGCAGAGAAUCGAAAGUCAUAGAAGAACUUAGACAAUGGAAUAUGAAAUUAGAUCCACAAUUACUUGAAGUUCCUGCUCGUAUAUUAUCUUCUGAAAAUCUUCAAUUCCAUAAUACAGCUAUUACUUGUGACGAAGGCGAAUGGUCGAGGAAGAUGCAAAAUGUGCCUUUAUUGCGUGGCAAGGAAUUAAGAAAUUGGAUGGUGAUAGGUUGCGAACAUGAGAGACCUAGUAUAGAGAAAUUCAUAAAAAUGUUGAUGGAUGUGUCUCGACGAAUAUCGUUUCGUGUUGGAUUGCCAAAUACAAAAUGGAUACGUGAUGAUAAGUCGAGCACAUAUACUGAACAACUUGAAUAUUACCUCAGCAAAUUUACUCCUGAUUUAGUUUUUUGCGUAGUGAGUAAUAAUCGCGCUGAUCGGUAUAUUGCUAUUAAGAAGAAAUGUUGCGUAGAUAGACCUGUACCGUCACAGGUCUUUUUGCAAAAAAACUUGCACGCCAGAUCAGUUAUGAGUAUUGCUACAAAAGUGGCAAUACAGAUGAACUGUAAAUUGGGAGGAGCCCCUUGGACUAUAGAAAACAAAUUGAGAGGAUUAAUGACUAUUGGAUUUGAUAUAUGUCAUGAUGCAUCUACCAGGGGUAAAGAUUUCUUGGCCAUGGUGGCAACUGUGGAUCAAACGCUGACACAGUUCUACAGCUCUAUUACUUUGUAUCAUAGUAAGGAAGAGCUUGCAGAACAAGUUUGCACGGGCAUCACCAAAGCUGUGCAGGCUUAUCGAAUGAAUAAUAGAGCAUUGCCGAUAUAUCUUAUAAUUUAUCGCGAUGGUGUUAGCGAAGGAGAGAUACCGCAAGUUUAUGAAAAUGAAGUAGGAAAUUUGAAGAAGAAGCUGGAAGAACUGUACUAUGGCCCGAACUUUAAAAUGAUAUAUAUUAUUGUAUCAAAAAGGAUUAAUACAAAAUUAUUCUUUAAGAGGGGCAACUGGACCAAUCCUCCAGUUGGUACUAUCGUUGACGAUGUUGUGACUAGUCCAUUCAAAUAUGACUUUCUUCUCGUAUCGCAACAGGUUAGACAAGGUACAGUUUCUCCAAUCUCAUUCAGUAUAAUAUCCGACAAUACUAAACUAGAUGUGGAGACGAUACAACAAGUGACUUACAAAUUAACUCAUUUGUAUUACAAUUGUACAAAUACUGUACGUGUACCGGCGCCAUGCCAUUAUGCACAGAAAUUAUCCUAUUUAGUAGGAAAAUACCUCCAUCGACCUCCGCAUACACAAUUGGAAAAUCAACUGUUCUUUUUAUAAUUUUCCUUUUUAUUACUACAGAAUUGAUAAUUUUUUGAAACAGUACUAUUAUGAUUUUUGUUAGAAUAUUAGAUGAUAAUGUCUGUCGUUUUUUUUAAUCAUCAGAGUCAUCUGGAAUAAGAUUUAAAAAAUUUUGACUAUAUAUGUGUACCAAAAAUAGAAUUUGUUAAUGUUAUGGAUUUAUAAUAUUUUGUUACUAAGACUAAGGUUCACUUCCCAAAACUUAAAUAUUUGGUUGACACCAAAGUAACUAUUUAAUCGCCAAAUAUUUGCAUUGACACAUUUUUAUUUUAUAGA